CUCGCAACAGAACUGUCAGUCCGUCUGAUGAUGUGUUUACCAAAAGAAAAUUGGCCUGAAUUUUAUAAAAGUUUCUAAAUUUUCUAUUUUUUCAUCAUUUUUAUUGUAAACUUAUCUACUUAAAGCCACCGCGGCAACGAUGACCGUCGAGGAACGGGUUUUGGCCCGCUUGAACCGGGAGCUGGGGUCUAAUUUUGACGCCCUAGCAAAAAGUGAUGACUUGGUGAAAAAGUUCCAGACCGACCUGGACCAGUUGGCGGCGAGGCUGACCCUGAGUGACGAAAACUGUGCCCCCGAGCUGAAGAAUGCCGUCCAGUCGUGCUCGUGGCGGUACACCGAGCUCGAGGAGGCCGCCGACAACCUGGAAGCAUUCCAGGAGAAGCUGCAGGAGAAAAUCGAUAAACAUCGGGACGUGAUGGACAGGAUUGAGGGGCACCUGGCGAAAAUCGGGAAAUUGGAGAACCAAAAAGAGUACUUUAUGAUUAUGCAGGACAUCCAGAACAUUGGACAGGAAUUGACCGUUUCAGUACACGGCAAAGACGACAACAAAACAAUCAGCUUGUACGUGGCGUUGAGCGGAAGUUUAUCAAACUGCAUCCUAGAUCGGUUAAACGGAGUUGAUGCUCCUCACCUCAAGAUCUACGCCCGCAAUGUUGCCUUCUAUUGGCACGAUAUCCUAAAGGAAAAGUACGCCAAAGAGUUCGAAACGAUCCUACGCAACAUAAAGUGGCCCAAUCUGAACCAAUCGCUGGAGGUGUUCAACCCGUCGAAGGAAAACCUGCACAAACUAGCAAUCCUGGCGGAGUACCUCUUCCUGGUUAAAGUCCCCGGUGACCAGAGUCUGCUCAGCGUGAAACUCACCCCCUCGAUCAUCUGUCCCCCGAUAACGGCCCCGAACGAGCUGCUGCUGAAGCCGUUCCGGUUACGGUUCCAGUUUCACUUCUCCGGCAGCAAGCAAACCAACCGGCUGGACAAACCCGAGUGGUACUUUACACAGAUCCUGUCGUGGGCCAAAGAGAACCACGUGUUUGUGGGGCAGAACUUCCAGGCGGCCGCGUUGAAGGCCGGAAUUACCAGUCACAAUAUUAGGCUCGAAUUCGUUCGCGGUCUCGUCCAGCUGGCCAUCGAAAAGCUAGUGGAGGACAUCGAUGCCAUCUGCCAGGAGGAAGCCCUGCUGGCACAUUUAAUCGAUGAAGUGCUCGCCUUCGAGCAGGAGCUGAAACUAUCACUCGGAUAUCCGGCGAGUCUGCCGAGCGUCGUUUCGGUGCUCAUUCAGCCCAAGUAUCUCGUCAAGUGGAUGGCCAUCGAGGAGAAGUUCACCUCGGACAAGAUGGACGCGAUGCUCAAGAGCGGGCGCGAGCCGUGGCGCUUUCUGGAUCCGGCCAAUUUGGACGACAUGAAGAUUCCGCGGUGUGCGGACCAGUUUAUAAGACUCCUGGACGCCAUCAAGGAGCGAUACUGCGCCCUACCUCAACCCGGCCAGCAGCUGCAAUUCCUGGACCUGCAGCUGGAGCUGAUCGACAACUUCCGACGGAGGCUCGUCCAGCUGCACAACAGUCCCGGCACGGACAGCGUCGGCUCCACCAAGAUCCUGAACGCCAUCAACUACAUCACAUCGGUGCUGCGCGAGUGGGGCGAAAACGUCCACUAUCUGCACCUGCACGCGGCCCUGUACGGCCCGAACGCGGACGAGAUCAGUUCGGUGUUUGACAAAACGAUCGAAGAGCUGGACCACUGGCAGCGAACGCUGGUGAAGGAGCUGUCGGGGCGGGUGGUUGAGGAGGUCAAGGGCAAGUCGCGGCUGUAUCGGCACGACGCGUGGCCCACCAUGAACCAGCUGGACACGAAGGAAACGUUCAUGCUGUCGGCGUCGGCCAGUGAGAUGUUCCAGCUGUUGGUGAACAAUCUGCACAACCUGGAGGCGGAACUGUCGGCGAACGUUUUCUCCGUGGUGAUUCGGAUGAUUGCGCUGCAGUUUGAUGAGUGGAUCAUCGACGGGAUGGUGAUGAACACGAAGUUUUCUACGGGAGGUGCGCUGCAGUUUCAGUUUGAUAUGACGCGUAAUUUGUUUGCGUUGUUUGGUCAGUAUGCGCGGAAGCCUAGUCUGCUGUUCAAGAGAAUUAACGACGCGUGCACGCUGCUAACACUGCCUCUGGGAUCGGCCAUGUUGCUGCAUGAAACGCUCGAGUCAAACCCGUCGGAGGAAACGGUCGCCAGCACGCUUAAGGAGCUUGGCCUGACCGUACUAAACAAGACGGGUGUUGUGGAGGUGCUCGCCAGGCGGAACGAUAUCGUGCAUUCCAAGAUUACGGUCGCGGGACGAGAGUUGAGUUAUUAGUGCUUUGAGGGUAAGAUUAUGUUGUUUUAGUUGAGUUGAACGACACGUCGAUUGUGGAUAAACUAUAUAUUUUUGGCUUGAUUCCAGAACCUUUGUUGAAGCUUAA